UAUGUGCUGUCUCUACUUCCCCCUCUGCGUUCGCAGCUCAGCACUGCUCCAGCUGCAGGCAAAGAUGAAGCCAUGGAGGUGACACUUGUCAGCCCCUCGGUCCCCUUAGUGCUCCUGGCGCUGAUCAGUUUCUUGGCAGGUGUCAGAACUAGCCAAGAACUGACUCCCCCCCGCCGGGUGAAUGGGAUUCUGGGAGGAUCCGUCCUGCUGUCUGUGGCUCCACCCCACAAGGGGAAUAUGAAAAGCAGUGAAUGGUACUUUCGUAUUAGUAAAGAGAAGAUUCAGCUGGCUGAGUUCAUUGGCAGUAAAUUUGAGCGACUCAAUCCCAGCGACAGAUUUCAGCAGAGGCUGGAAAUGCACAACGAGACCUCGCUGAGGAUCAAGGCCCUGGAGCUGGGCGACAGCGGAGUUUAUGAGGCCCGGAUUAAGACAGAACCAGCAAAUGUGGAGGAUUGGACCCUUCUCCUCACGGUCUAUGAGCCCGUGCCGGUGCCGGAGAUAAGGAGCCACUCGCUCUCCAGCACGGCAGCUGGGUGCAACGUCACCCUGGAGUGCCUGGUGCCUGUCAGGGAAGGGGUUAACAUCUCCUGGACCAGAGGGAGCCCACUGCGAGACCUGGGCGAUCUGGAGCGGUACCAGCUCAGCCCUGAUGGCAGGAGCCUCCAGCUGUCCCUGCAGCCCAACCCCCCGGCCUCCAACUUCACCUGCACGGCCAGCAACCCUGCGGACCAGAAGAGCAUCUCUCCCGCCCUGCCGAGCAUCUGCCAAAGCAAAGACACAGACACGGACUUACUCAAAUGGAUGUUGCCUGUUUGCAUUGGGUUGAUUGUUGUCACGGCAGCAUGUGUUGGGACGUGGCUAUUGAAGAAAAGGAGGGAAAAGCCAGUCAGCCGAGAUGCUGUUCCGGAAUGCCAUUAUGCUGAGAUCAAGAGGAGAAGCCCUCCGGAGGGGAACGAGCCGGACCCUAGCUGCCCGCAUGAGGCACCACCUGUCACCACUAUCUACGAUCAGAUCCGAAUGGUCCCAGCUGAAACCUAUGAGCAGAUCACUUAAGCCAGUGAUAGCCAGGUGGCGUGUUUAAUGAGGGAGAUGGGAGAGGGGUGUCGUUGCUGUAGAAGACCAGGAGUGAUCUAGCCUACUGGUCGUGACUGAGGACAAUAGCGCAGUGUCCCCCCUUGUGGGGGGAGCACCCUGCCCCAGGCCAGUGCCGCCGAGCGGGGAGAUCGGUGAGAGCCACCCAGCUGUGCAGCCUGAAAACCCCCGCUCGGGAGGAGCCAGACGCGGGUCUCCAGGCAUCGGGAACAGCGA